UUCAGUGAUAAAUACCUGCGACAAAGCCCGUCCAAUGCCAUCACCGCACACUCGUCUUCCACCCUCACCAGCCAUUUAAUCCUUUCUCGAAACAGUCGGAGUCCUCUCCUUAGAAUUUAAAAUCAUGUUCCCGCUUCUGCUUCUUCCCGGCCUCGCGGCGGCUGCUCCUGCUGCCGCUGCGGCCAAGGCUGCUUCCCUUCCCAUGCUCCCGCUCGCCUAUUCGUAUGGUGGCUACCCCAAGAUCUCAACGAACAUUUCGUGGGGGAACCCGCCCCAGGAGCCCAUCAACACUGUCGUUGAUCUGGGAAGCGCCGACUUCUGGGUCUACGGCCCCAAUGCUACCAUCAACUCCGGCAGCCCUUACUUCCUGACUCCCGGUCCUUGCACCGAGCAGCCCAAGCCAUUCUUCAACUACCCGGAGUCGACUUCCGCUGCCAAGCCCGUUGACGCUAGCAGGGCAUACGCGUACGGUGGCAACGGCAAGAUCGUUGAGGCACACUUUAGCGUCAAUGACACGAUCAACUUCGGCAACGCCAAGUACCCGAGCCUCGAGAACCAGAGGGUCGAGGUUGCCAACUACACGAUCCUGAAGCAGAGGGCCCAGACUUGCACUGGCGCAGAGUACGACAAGGCGAUCCUCGGCAUCAGCCCGAGGACCGAGGACGGGCAGGGUCCUUCUUUCCGCGGCGACCUGCUCGACCGUGGCCUUAUUGAGACGCCGUCGAUGAGCUUGUGGUUCGACAAGGGCCCCGAGGACGUCCGCGGCACGUACCAGGGCACUGCUCUCUUUGGUGCUGUUCCCAAGAACAAGUACGAGGGCGACCUGGUCAAGGUUGCGCUCGACCCGCCUGAGGAGGGUGGGGUCGGCUACUGGGUGACGAUCCCCAAGUGGGAAGUCAGCUCGGUGAAGGAGCCCUCGAAGAAGACGGCGGUCAAGGUCGUGACUGAGUCGAACGUCAAGCGCUGCCUGGUCGACUCCGGCUUUGGCACUGAAAGCCUGCCCGUCAGUGCCAAGGACUUCUACGCUGCCACCGGCCUCGUUGAGAAGGACGGAUUCCCUACCUUCGAAGGGCCGUGCGACAGCAUCCCCAAGGACGCUACGUUUGACUACACGUUCACGGGCGAGGCCGGCAAGCCCGUCACGGUGAAGGUUCCACUCCGCAACUACGUCCGCGGCAUUUCCGACUUCAACAGCAACAACGACCCCAACGUCUGCGGUCUGAGCUUGACCCUGGAAGAGUACAACUGCUACAUCGGCGCUCCUUUCUUCACGGCCGCCUUUUUGGCCUUCAACGACGAUGCGAACGAGAUGGCGAUUGCGCAGGGUGGCGUCUCCACCGGUGCCGAGGACGGCGCGGACGGUCUUAGUGACGUCACCAUCAUCAAGAAGGGCGACAAGCUGCCCGUCAGCUACUAAGCUCGGCUUCUGAAUACCCAAUGCUUACAAGAUUUAAUGAUUGCAGUUUGUUAUAAAUAGCGUUUCGAACAAAUCGAAUGGAUUGGAAGACA